GCGCGCACGGACCGCCAGGGGCGGCUGGAAAUCCCCGACCGAUGGUAGGGCGGAGGAGGGGGGGGCGGUCGGUAGGACGGACGAGCCCCGUUGCCCAAGUCUCCGUCACCGCCCUUCCCCAGGCACCGAGAGGAGUGCCCGCCGCCACCGAGGCCCGAGCGGGGAAGCACGUGACACGAAACGAGCCGGAGCGGCCGCGGGCGUGCAAGCCGGCGGUGAGGGCUUCCCACGAGCGGGCGGGGCCUGGCGGCUCGGGCGGAGCUUCCUGGUGGGGCGGGAACGCUUGGCGAGGUCCACCACCCGUGACACCCCCAACCCACCCGGGCCCGGAUCAGCCGGGAGAGCUGGGUGUCCCGCGGGGUCGCGGCGCAGCCGGCCGGUUCUUGUCCUUGCCUGAGAAAUGGGCCCAUGGCCGUGUCCAUGACACUGCGGGUCCCUGGGAAGGGCAGCCCUGCGUCGAGCUGGUCCAGCCCUGGUGGGGCACGAGUCCGGCUGCAGGGGCUGUGGAGGCGGCGCCUUCGUGUCCCGCCGCACAGUGGCCGCAAUUCACCCUCCAGCGCUCCCCGCUGCAGCCCUCAGCAGAGGCAGUCCCUCAGGGCCGUGGACCCCUCAGCAUGUCGAGGCAGCAGUAUGGACAUGGGCUGUGGGACAGAAGCUGUGCCCCAACCUGCUGCUGGACCUGA